AUGUCUACUUCUCAAGAGAGCAGCAUCAACGACAGUCGUCCCCGCUCAGCUACAAGCCCCGUCUCUUCAAAUCAUGCCAGCGAGCCGUCGACAGGAACCGACCGAAGCCGAUACUAUAACUUCACCGACCAACCAGGAUACUUUCGACCCGCGUCCCCAUUGAUAGACCGACAGCCCAUUGAAGAAGAUUUGGAGAUGAACAUCAAAUACGCAUGCACUCUACUCUCGCACAGUAUCGAACGAGGCAUUCCAUCAGGACCUUCCUACGAAACACAACAAUCUCCAAAACCGGCAGCAGGGUCUACGGAUAUCCGGAAUUCCAGCAUCGAACCGUUAUUGGAAGAUUCGCACACUCAAUUCGAUAAUCUAUUUUCAACCAAAGGAAUGGAUCUCAGUCCAGAUGCACGCAAGGACUCGGGAGUUGGUCUCAGCUUUCAGUCUUCAGGGAAAUCCGGAAGAGCCUAUCGGGCUAGCUUUUCGGGAACCGCUGGCGCAAGCGCCACCACGAGAUUCUAUGGGAACCGUGCUUCAGGUGGAUCGUACCAGGUUCCAUCUUCAGAUAGAGGACGCUCAAGAGGACAAAGUGCCGAUGCAGAAAAUGGGCCCCGCUCUCGGUCCCCCAGUCCGUCGCUGUUCCCGUAUAGUCCUCCCCAGCUAAGCUGCCCAUGGACUGUGCCAAGACCGAUCUCCUUUGGAUUCGAUGUUAGAGAGCCCGAGCCUGCCCGUGAGGCUAAAGAAACAACUUCGUUUUCCGAGGACGUCGAAGCAGAGCUUGGCGCAGCUGGAAUGACCUGGCUGUGCGCAAAUAUCGAAACCGAGGACGAAGAGAGCAGUAUUCCUUUCCCAGCCGUCGAAACGGAGUAUUCGCCACGAACCAGCGGAGAGAAGCUGGAACCCACUCCCCGCUCUGGACUCGGAUACGCCCGCAACCGUUUCUACAGUGCUCGCUGGUCCCAUUCAAACGCAAUGGAGGUUCCCGAACCCUCAGGACGGGACACAUGGUACAGCCGCGAUUCAAGUAUAUCCCGAAGUCCAUCAUCAGCACGAAUCUUUUCCCCCGCAAACGCGCAGAAAAAAGACGAUUGGUCUCCUCGCUACGUUCCUCCCGACCAGAGCUGGCCUGACCGUAACUUCUCUGGUACCUACCACACAGACCUAGUGAAGCACCACGAGGCGGUCUAUUCAGUGGCUAUCUCUGCAGACGAUCAACCGCCGAACCGGCGGAGAAGAGCUUCGCAAUUACUGAAAAAAUUGACUGGUCUUGGGCGGAGGAAAGUAUCAGAUCCGAUUGAAAGGGGGAGACCCCCUCAGCGGGUUAUGCAGGCUUGUGCGUGA